UUAUUAAUUUAUGUAUCACUUUGUUAUUGUUAUUUAUCAUCUAAAAUUCUUCCAAAAGGUUUAUUUAGGCUCUCUUCUUUUUUACCAGUGAUAUUAUUUUUCCUUUAUGUUCCACUUAAAAUUAAUUCUGUUCAUCUUUGUGGUAAUACUGGUUUUUUCAUUUCUUGGCUUUGUAAUUUUAAACUUAUUUUACUUGCUUUUGACCAAGGUCCACUUUCUGAUUCUUCACUUUCUAUUAUUAAAUUUGUUUUUCUUGCUUGUUUACCUAUCAAGAUUCAACAAAAAUCUCAAAUUUAUGUGGAAAAUAGAGAUAAAUUUCAUCAAAAUAAUCAUUUUCAAGAAACCCCAUCUAAUGAAAAAAAGGAUUUUGCAAAAAAUGACCAUUUUCAAGAAACUCAAUUUCCAAGCUCAAUUGAUAAAAUUGAAAACAACCCUUUUCAAGAUGGUUAUUUUUAUGAAACCCCAUCUAAGAAGUUAGUUGAAAAUGGUUCUAGUGUGCAAAAUGGAAAGGAUUUUGCAAAAAGUGGCUAUUUUAAAGAAAGUUCAGUUCCCUCUUUUGCAAAGUCCAACAAAGGUCAAAAGUUAAAUUAUGGCAUAAAGACACUUAUUUUUGCUUUAAUUAUUAGAGUUUAUGACUAUAGUGAUUAUAUACAUCCCUAUAUAAUUAUGGUCAUAUAUUGCUUCCACAUUUACCUUAGCUUAGAUAUUAUUCUAGCUAUUGUUUCGGGCUUGGCCCGCGGGCUUCUCGGGCUUCAGCUAGAGCCACAGUUCAAUGAACCGUAUUUAUCAACUUCACUACAAGAUUUUUGGGGCCGGCGUUGGAAUCUCAUUGUCACUCGUAUCCUUAGGCCCACUAUAUAUAAGCCCGUUCUAAGCCUCUCCGCGAAUAUUUUGGGCCGAAAGUGGGCCCCAAUUCCCGCGGUGAUGGCUACAUUUGUUGUUUCGGGCCUUAUGCAUGAGCUGAUAUUUUACUAUUUGGGCCGGGUUAAGCCCACUUGGGAGAUCACUUGGUUCUUUUUGCUACAUGGGGUUUGUUUGAACCUAGAGAUUUAUGCUAAGAAGGUGAUCAACGGUAGAUUUAAGCUCCCACGGAUAAUCGGGACAAUCUUGACCGUUGGAUUCGUUAUGAUCACGGGUUUGUGGCUAUUUUUUCCUCAAUUGUUACGGUGUAAUUCUGAUGUUAGAGCUCUUGCAGAGUAUGAAGCAAUUGGUGCAUUCUUUAAGGAUUUCACUAGGGCUGUGAAAUCAACAUUUUCGAGAUAAUUCAUCAAGUGUGUCAAAUGGGCGUGCUGGAUUACAUUUGGACGGGCCAAAACGGGCUUAGAACGAGUUGGAUAUAGGUCAUGUAUUGGCUGAUUUAGCCACCCUAUAGGUUCUUAUUCAUGUACCAUAGAGUAUGUUGUAAAACAUUCAUCAAAUUGAAGUUUUAUUAAUUAAUCUCGCAUUAUAUUAAUUAAUCCCAUCAUAUUUUGUAUUUAAA